GCUGGAUGAUGUGUGGUCCAGCAGAAGGAGAGGAGCGUGGCAGGCUAGUCUUCCUCCUCAUAUGGCAGCAGUGUUGGUGAAAUGUCCGUUUGUGUGGCCGCUGCUGUGGCUCAGCGUCCGGCUGUCCGAGACCCAAAACACCCGAGUCUCUAUGGACGAUGACAUCCUGCUGCCUUACAGCCACGGCCACGGUCCCUCCCACUCUCACCGCCAUGUCAGAGACUGUCAGCCACUUGUUCACGGCAACGUCACCCACGAGAGCUGGCCCUCCAGUGACCACAGUGGGCUGCCGGUGGCCGAGUCCACAAAGUUCGUCUCGGCUGUGGCGGAAAACACCAGAUGGGUUUACGGUCACAUGACGGUGGUCCACGACCCGCUGAGGGCGGUGUCGGUAUUAGAGCCAGGUGGGCCGGGCGGCUGCGGGAUGAAUCAGAGAGCUACAGUGGAGGAAACAGCUGAGGCUGCCGGGUGUCUGUACGCCCAGAACGCCGGCUUCUUCAACACAAAAACAGGCCAGUGUCUGGGCAAUGUGGUGAGUGACGGCAGUAGGGUCCAGGACAGUGGUGGGCUGCAGAACGCACAGUUUGGAAUCAGGAGAGACGGCACUCUGGUGUUUGGCUAUCUAUCACAGGACGAUGUUUUGGACCAGUCCAACCCGUUCGUCCAGCUGGUCAGUGGUGUGGUGUGGCUGUUAAGGGGCGGCGAGGUUUACAUCAACCAGAGUCUGAUAGCUGAGUGUGACAAGUCACAGGAGACGGGGCAAUUCCGCACUUUUGUGGAUGUGGUGUCAGCGAGGACGGCGGUGGGCCACGAUGCCGAGGGCAGACUCAUCCUGUUUCAGAUCGAUGGACAGACUGGAGUGAGGGGUAUGAAUCUUUGGGAGUUGGCUGAGACUCUGAAGAGCUACGGGGUCAUCAAUGCCAUCAAUCUGGAUGGAGGCGGAUCUUCCACAUAUGUGACUGGUGGCAAAUUGGCCAGCUAUCCCUCUGAUCACUGCGAAUCAGACGGCAGGUGGCGUUGUGCUCGGCCCAUCUCCACCAUCUUGUGUGUUCACCAGCGGCGCUGCCAGCCAGCAAACUGCAGCGGACACGGAGACUGUGUGGACGGACGUUGUCGGUGUCAGGAGGGCUGGCAGGGUGUCGCCUGUGACUCUCUGGUGUGUCAGCCGCCGGCCUGUGGCGCUCAUGGCGUCUGCACUGCCAAUGGUUGUGUCUGCGAUGCUGGAUGGAGAGGAAAGAACUGCAGCCAAGUGUGUCCGCUGGGUUUCUUCGGCCCAUCCUGUGCUCAGGAGUGUCACUGUGACAACCAGUGUCCGUGUGACCCGCAAACAGGAAGCUGUAACGCCACACUGCGAGGAGAGACCAACUACACCUUACACAGAGCUGGACAGUGUCUAGCCAAGAAGAUGUUUACAUCUUGGAGACAGGAUGAAGACGCUCACAGGGAGCAGCCUCAUCUCACAGAGCGUACCUGGCUGAUAAUCACCUUCAGCCUGUCCAGUCUGCUGUCCAUCAGCCUGCUGGUUCACCUCAUGCAGGCAUGUCGCGGCUCAGCGGUCGUUCACUUCUCCGAGCGACGAGACUACUCCUUAGUCCCGCUGACCGACAUCAACGGAGCCGCUGCAUGUUCCCGAGCAAGUGCCAAGAAAUCCGGUUUGGUUUUGGACGACUCGGACUCUCAGGACGAAAUCUGGUCGCCUUCAGGCUCAGGGAGGUUGUAGCUGUCAGGAGGACGAAGAGCGAGGGCGCUCUGUUUUUGCACAAAGAGAAACGACUGAAGCUCAGUGUUCCUCUGCUUAAUUUAAUUUCCGCCGACAAUCCUGCUGAAAUGAAAAGGAAGCUAAAUGUGUCUGCUGACAUCCACUGAUGAUGAUGAUGAUGAUGAUGAUGAUGAUUGCUCACAUGUCUUCGUUUACAGCUGAGGCCUUUUAAUCUGCUGAUGAAAGGACAGCCAGGGGUCAAAACUUUAUUUUGUCAGGGACCUGGAUGCCUCAGCUCCAGGUAGGACGAGCUUUAUAAUUAGUUGCCAUGGAAACCGGUGAACUAUGAGGUCCGACCGGCGGCCUGUGUCACAAAGUUAUCCAGAUUUCUUUGAGCUUAACUCAGGUGUUUCCAGUAUCAGGAAGCUGGUUCACUUUUCACCAGAGUUUAUCACCAUGUUAACUUCGAUUGAUCACCGUGGUAACCUAUGCUGAACAGCUGACCCGCUCCAACUUCAACAGCAGCUUGACAACUGACCGAUCAUUUCUACAGGAUCCUUGCAGGGACAAAAGUAGUGAGUAAUAUAAGAGACAUUUUUAAUAUAUAGUUGUCCUUUUUUUUUUUUUUACACAACCACAUUAAAACCUCUAACAAACAGACAGCUUAUAGUUUUACCACGACAGUUAAUGUAAUGGCAAUUAUAGCUGCAUAUUAGGCCUUAGUUUAUUUUAUAGAUAUUAUUUAGUCGGUAUAACAUGUAAUAAAGAUCCGUGGAGCCCCUAAUCUCAUGCACAAGAUAAAAAAAACAACCUUUUUUGGUAUUCUGAAUAUAGUUACUGUCUUUAAAAUAGAUUACUUGAAGGGAUUACUUUCUUUAAUUUGCUCUAACACUGUGUCCUAACUGAACUCAACUUAGCGAGCUACAGUUUGUUGUAUUGAAAUGUUCCAACCGGCUGUGAGCGACACAGCGCUGCUGUGUUGAGCUAAAUUUUUGUCGGGUGCCGUGUUUGUAUUAAUGCUUCUCACUCGCGAUGAGGAACGGCUGAUUCAUGAAGUCAAAAUGAGGAAUUAUCUCCACAAUAAUUCCUCAUUUAACUAUAAAAACAGGGGUGGAGCCCUUCUGUGUGGAGUUUGCAUGUUCUCCCUGUGUCAGUGUGGGUUUCCUCCAGGUGCUCCAGCUUCCUCCCACAGUCCAAAGACAUGCAGGU